UUCCCGCCCUUUGCCAAGCGCCUCUGCCAACUCAGUGGACAAGACACCAAGUCAUUUUCCACUCCACUGUUUGUUUUCAAGUCACCCCAGCUAUUUCUUCUUUUUCAAGUGUCUGUUGAGCCUCACUCUGACUCUCCAAGUCUCGCGGGAUAAAAGGAAAUAAAGGGGAAUAAAGAGAGAAGAAGAAAAAAAAUUAAGCACAAACAGGAGCCGCCUAUAUGAAGAUGCUGAUGUGUGACCGCGGCGUCCAGAUGCUCGUGACGACGGUGGGCGCGUUCGCCGCCUUCAGCCUCAUGACAAUCGCCGUAGGUACCGACUACUGGCUGUACUCGCGCGGGGUCUGCCGCGUGAAGAGCAGCGGCGACAACGACACGAGCCGCAAGAACGAGGAGGUGAUGACGCACUCCGGCCUCUGGCGGACCUGCUGUCUGGAAGGGACGUUCAGAGGUGUUUGCAAGAAGAUUGACCACUUUCCAGAGGACGCCGAUUAUGAAGCAGAUGCUGCCGAAUACCUCCUCCGUGCAGUACGUGCCUCCAGUAUCUUCCCCAUCAUGAGUGUGGGUCUGCUGUUCCUGGGCGGCCUCUGUGUGGCCGCCAGCGAGUUUUACCGAAGCCGACACAACGUCAUCCUCAGCGCCGGAAUCUUCUUCGUUUCUGCUGGCCUCAGUAACAUCAUCGGCAUAAUCGUCUACAUCUCGGCCAACUCGGGCGACCCGGGCCAGAGUGACAGCAAGAAGUCCUACUCCUACGGCUGGUCCUUCUACUUCGGCGCCCUCUCCUUCAUCAUGGCCGAGAUGGUGGGCGUGCUGGCCGUGCACAUGUUCAUCGAGAAGCACCGCAAGCAGCGAGCCAAGUCCCGCACCGAGCUGAUCAAGAAGUCCGCCUUCAGCCGCAUCCCGUCCUACCGCUACCGCUUCCGGCGCCGCUCCAGCGUGCGCUCGUCCGAGGCCCCCAGCCGCGACGCCUCCCCGCUGGGGAAAGGCGGCUACACAGGGCCCGCCGCCUCCGAGAUGCCUAUGUACACGCUGAACCCGCGCGAGGCAGGCAACGCCGGCACCAAGUCGGGCGGCGGCGGGAUGGGCGGGCUGCUCAACUCGGAGAGGGAGUUCCUCCAGAGCAGCACGCUCACCAAGGACUACAGCAAGGACCCCAACCGCAGGACCACACCCGUCUGAGAGGUGCUGGCCGCAGAUAUCGCCCGAUCAGAGCGUUAA